AUGCCCUCCUCCCGCCAAUACAAAGCCCUCGGCUUCACCACCCUCAUCGCCCUCCUCACAAUCUACUACAUCUCCUCCGGCGCCUCUUCCACCCAAAACUCCGCUUUCUACCUCCGCACCGUCGAAUCCCUCAACACCGCCACCUCCAACGCCGCCCGACAAUCCGUCCUCGAAGAAGAACGCGCCCACGCCGACCGCGUCGAGCGUCUACGGAAAGAACACGACGUCGCCACAGAACAGCAGAAAGCCGCCAAAGUCGCCGCGGCGGACGCACCAGCACCCGAGGAGGAGAAAGAGAAACCCGUCGCGGGUCGACGCACCACAGCGAAAAAGGACGGCAAAGUGGUGACGCAUAUCCCCGCGGAAGGGGACAAUGGCGUGGCGAAGGUGGGCAACGUCGAGCCGAAGAAGAGUCCGGCGGUGCAUUCGAGUGAAGUGGAGACGGAGGACGAGCACGCGAUUGAGGAGCGGUUGAAUUCGAUUCUGAAGCAGGGGCCGAUUGUGGUGUUUUCGAAGAGUUAUUGUCCGUAUAGUAAGAAGGCGAAGAAUAUAUUACAAAACGUCUACACCAUCACGCCCGCGCCGUAUGUCGUCGAACUGGAUCAGGAACCGCAUGGACAAGCGUUACAGGAUGCUCUGCUGAAGCUGACGGGACGGAGAACGGUGCCGAAUAUCUUAAUCAAUGGAAAGUCGAUUGGAGGUGGGGAUGAAGUGGCAGCGCUGCACGCGGAAGGAAAGCUGGUGAGCAAAGUCACGUCAAUGGGAGGGAAGAGGGUGACAGGCGUGGUCGUCAAUGAGAAAGCUGCGGCACAAGGAGGGCAUGUCAAGAGGGAAUUCAAGGCAUGA